AACCAUUUCCCCGCCUUUCCUUUUGUUUCCUUUUUCCCUUUUAUUCCCUUCCCUCUUCUUGGAAGAGGUUUUCCAAGGAAAGCGUUAUCUCUCCAGGAAAUAGGGAUGCUCCUCGCUUGGGGAAGGUGAGUGCGCCCUUCAGGAGAAAGAAAGAGAAACAGAGCGAGGGAGCGCUCCAGCCAGCAUCUCUUUGGCAAAAGGCAGGGGAAAGGAGCGCGCCUCUUAAAGGGGCCGCCUCCUCUUUCCUCCUCCUCCUCCUCCUCCUCCUCCGCCUCCCACUGCGCUCGCCCCCGCGCCUGGUUUCCUCGACAGCAGCCGCCCUUCAAGCCGCUUAGAUUGAAAGCCAAGCAAAGGAGAGAAGAGGAGAAAAAGGGGCAGCAGGGUGGGAUAGAAGAGGAGGAGGAGGAAGACAGCGGCAUUCCUCCUCUCUCUCUAUCCUCUGUCUCUCUUCGAAUCCUUUGCCCAGGAUGCGCUCCAAGUGCAGAGGAAUCCGGCCGGGACUUUGAGGGCUUCUCUCUGCGGGAGGCUUCUCUUCCUCUUCUUCUUCCUCAUGCUGCCCCUUCCCCGCCCCUCCCUCCUCCACCGUGGCUGGUUGGUGGUUGCCCCCAAAUGACCCUGCGCUCGGAGGAGACCUCGGAUGGCGGCGGAGAAGAGGAGGCGGAGCGCCUGGACUCAGCUAUGCGGGAAUUGCGGCGCGCGGGUUGGUAUUGGGGCAACAUGAGUGUCGCCGAAGCCAAAGAGAGACUGCAAGAAACCUCCGAAGGGACUUUCUUGCUCAGGGACAGUUCUCACUCCGAAUACCUGCUCACAAUUUCAGUGAAAACAUCAGCAGGGCCCACCAACCUGCGCAUUGAGUUUCAGGACGGCAAGUUCAGAUUGGAUUCUAUCAUCUGUGUUCGGUCGAGGCUUCGGCAGUUUGACAGCGUGGUCCACCUGAUUGAGUAUUACGUCCUGAUGUGCAAGGACAGGAGCGCGGUUUCUGAAAUGCCUUCCAACGGAUUGGUUCACCUUUACCUGAAUAAACCCCUCUAUCAUUCGGCUCCGUCUCUACAACAUCAUUGUAGAGUCAUGAUAAACAGGUGCACAAAUCAAAUCCAGGAGCUUCCUCUCCCGACGAGACUGAAGGAAUUCUUGAAGGAAUAUCGGUAUCGGGUAUAAAAUAUGCCACCUACUCUGCCUCAUUUUUUAAUUCUGAAUACAACUGCAUGAAAAUGAUAAUCUUUUGCACUCAGCUACAUAAGAUAGCGUGUAGGUCGCUGAAGGAUAAAAUAAAUCGGGCAAAUGGGUUUAAUGAUCCACUGUCAAAACUGGGACAGACGAGAUAGUUUUCUUCCUCAGUUGCCCACACCUAAACUUCACUUUGAGAAAAUUGCCUUUGAGGGGACAGCAGAUGCAGGCAAGUAAAAAAUGGGCUGGUAAAAAGAAAUUAGUCACUCUCUUUAUCUAUCUACUCCAUUUUCUUUUGUAUUUGUUUUACAUGUGGACCCACUUCUAAAAUCUGAAUUUACUAUACAUAGUUUAUUUACAGAGAACCAAAAUAAUGUCUUGCUAUAUUAUGCAAGAUUCAUGUCAAAAUGGAAUGUGUGAAUUGUGCCUGCCUUUACCUUAAUAUGACUUGUUAUUUUAUUAAUUUAGACCAUUUAUACACUCUACCCUUCAGCCAUAAAGAGCUGAUAGAGUGGGUUACAAAUUGUUAAUUUUUAAAUUCUAUCCCUUAGUUUGAGCCCAUGGUGGUGCAGCAGAUUAAACUGCUGAGCUGCUGAACCAAAAGGUUGGCAGUUCUAAUCCAGGGAGAGGGGCGAGCUCCCACUGUUAGCCCUAGCUUCUGUCCACCUAGCAGCUCAAAAACAUGCAUGAGUAGAUCAAUAGGUACUGCUUCUGCGGGAAGGUAAUGGCCGCUCCAUGCAGUCAUGCUGGCCACAUGAUCUUGGAGGUGUCUAUGGACAAUGCUGUCUCUUUGGCUUAGAAAUGGAGAACUACCCUUCAGAGUUGGACAUGACUAGAUUUAAUGCCAAGGGGAAACCUUUACUUUACCUUAAUAUGAUUUGUUCUUUUAUUCAUUUAGGCCAUUUAUAUACCCUGCCCUUCAGCCAUAAAAAGCUGCCAGAGUGUGUUACAGAUUGUUAAUUUGACAGUUCUCUUAGUUGACAAUCUUAAAAAGACAGCAACAUGAGGGAAAGGGGGCGGCAGUGUGGGAGAGGAGGAAAUCCACCAAAUGCAAAGGGAGAGUCUUUCUUCAAUGAGCGCAUGACAAAAGUUUUUAGGUGUUAUCUAAACUAUGUUGAUGGGCUUUGUAUGACUGAAUUGACAGUAGCUGCCACAAUAGCGACUGGUAUACAUUUUCUUGGAAAAGAUUCACAAUAUUGUAGUUUGAGUGCUGUGUCCUCACACCAGAAAGGAUUAAGGUGGCAGUACACAUUGUGAUCCCAUGCAACAAACUACUAAUGGCUCUUUAAACUUUUUCAUAAAGACCCUUCAGGAACAGGGAUGGUUGGCAAUACAAUUCCAGUUCAUAUUAAAUACUACCUUAGAGGUUGGUGGGAACUAGUUCUAUAGAGAUAGACUCGCUAAAAUCUAAUUUAAUAUUAACUCAAAUGCUCCCUGUGAUGUAUUCUUGCAAUCUUUAAUUUACACAUUAGGUUAAUAAAUUGCUCAUUUUUAUUUAUGACCCAAUGUUAUGGUUCAUAGAAAACAGAGGACACUUAAAAAAUCACAAGGAAAUAAUGUCAAAAAUAUUUUUUUAAGCUGAUCCUAAUGCUCUGCUCCACUUGUGAACAAUCUAUUAAUUCUGCAGAUCAAACCUAUUCACUUUUACUCAAAAGUAGUUGUGCUUAAGGCCCCAUUUGGACAGUCCGGGUACAGACUUGUCAGCUGAUGUAUUCUGAAUCAAAUUAUGAGACUACUAACUACACUGAAUUAAAUCUAAUGAAUUAUGCGUACGUGGUGUUGAACUACAGCGAUCUUUCUUUGCAGAGGAGCUGUAUAAUGUAUAGUAAUCUAGUUAAAAGAAAACUUAUAUAACUUUGAAGUCGGGUGGAAUAGGCAAAUAUUUUACUCUUUUAUGAGGACCCUGUGCAUGCAUUAGGAUAGCAUUGCUAGAUUUUAAUUGGUGUGAAAAGCCACUCUUUUUGUUAUAGAUCCAUUUAUUGCCUAUAAUAGGCCUCCUUUGAAUGAGGCUUUAUAAAUGCCUAGACUGCAACGUUGCAGUUGUGGUUUCCAUGGCUAAACAUGGAAAGCAGCAAUUAUGACUACCUUCUACAGUGUAGAAUUUUUUUAUUCUUAUUUCCUUGAAAUGCAAAUGAGUUUGCCUGUUCUAAAUAUUGUUUGAGGCUGUAACUGUCUGAUUUCAGAUUGUAUUCAAUAAAGUAAAUUGCAGAGGC